UGAUGAUAUGUAUUUAGUUGUUGUUGCUGCCUACAUUGUGGAAUAACACAUUAAGUCCACACUCGUUGUGAAUUUGUAAGUCUCAUCAGUCUGUUAGUCAGUCGGUGAGUAGACGUGUGUAGCAACUGAAGUUGCCUGUCGUUAUAGUUCAAAAAUUCAAAGAGAAUUUUUAAGUGUUUUAAUAAAGUUUUAAAUUAAAUAUUAACCAAUUAAGAAAUCCAUUGAAAAUAUGAAGGAUUAUAAGAAAUGUUUGGAUUUUCUGAAUAAAUUGGAAAUGUCGCUAUUGCACAUUUUUGUCAUAUGUUUUAUUGGCCUUUUAACCUUCAUGUUGUUGCAACAUUUUAAUCGUAAGCGUCAUCAGCCUCCGGGUCCCAUUGGAUUGCCUAUACUUGGCUAUUUGGCAUUCCUGAAUGCAAAGGCACCAUACAAAACACUACAACAAUUAUCAUUUAAAUAUGGUUCAAUAUAUUCAUUGAAAAUGGGAAAAAUCAAUACGAUUGUAUUGACAGAUGCCUCGUUGGUGCGUGAUUUCCUGAGACGCGAAGAAUUUACAGCCAGAGCACCGCUCUAUGUAACUCAUGGUAUAAUGGGUGGUUAUGGUUUAAUUUGUGCUGAAGGUGCUUUGUGGAAGGAUCAAAGACGUCACACUAUUGAUUGGCUGAAAUGUCUGGGCAUGUCGAAGAAAUUCUCUGAAAUACGUUGCGGUUUAGAACAGCGCAUUCUUAAAGGCAUUAGGGAAUGUAUACAGUGGCUUCAUGAUGAUUCUACGAAUUUAUUAGAUGGUGAAGUGAAUCCUCUGCCCGCAUUGCAACAUACUUUGGGCAACAUUAUUAACGACCUAGUGUUUGGCAUCACAUAUGCACGCGAUGAUGUCACUUGGCAUUAUCUUCAAGAGCUACAGGAAGAGGGUUUAAAACUAAUUGGCGUUUCAGGUGUUGUGAAUUUUUUGCCGUUUUUGAGAUUUUUGCCUUCUAAUCAAAGAAGCAUUAAUUUCCUACUCGAUGGCAAGAAAAAAACACAUCAAAUCUAUGAUGAUAUCAUUGAGAAAUGUGAAGAAAGACUAUUGCAGCGCCAGCAGCUUUAUACGCAAAAUGACGAGGAAGCAGAGAAGAACUCUCAACAAAGAAACACUUGUAUUUUAGAAUAUUUUCUUGAAGAAAGAGAGAAACUUAAGAAUUCUAACGAUAAAAAACAAGAAGACAUGGCCUACGAAUUCUUUUGUCCCCAACAACUAAGACAUUUAUUAGCGGAUCUCUUUGGAGCUGGAGUGGAUACUACAUUGACUACGCUUCGGUGGUUUUUCUUAUACGUGGCCAAGGAUGAAAAUAUACAAGAGGAGUUGAGAAAACACCUGAUGAAAUUACCCCAGGAGAAUAUAACGUUAAAUGAUUUAGAACAUAUUGAUUUCCUAAAAGCUUGCUUAGCUGAGACUCAACGUAUUAGAUCGGUGGUGCCCUUGGGUAUACCUCAUGGUUGUGUGAGAGAGGUAAAGAUAAAUGGUUUUACCAUACCUAAAAAUAGUAUGAUAAUACCACUGCAAUGGGCCAUACAUAUGGAUCCUAAAUUAUGGCCAGAACCAGAGCAAUAUCGACCUCAAAGAUUUCUCAACGAAGAGGGUCAAUAUAAUCAACCUCAACACUUUAUACCAUUUCAAACGGGCAAACGUAUGUGCUUGGGUGAUGAAUUGGCCAAAAUGCUUUUACUCCUAUACAGUGGCUUAAUUUUGAGAAACUUUAAGAUAUCUCUAAGCCCCGAAAGUCAAGAUAUUGACAUGCAGGGAGAAUGUGGCAUUACCUUGGCGCCCUUUAAAUAUAAAUUGAAAUUAACUAAAUUGGAAUAAAAACAAAAAUUGGGA